GCGUCUUAUCUAUUGUGCCAUCUCUCCAGCCCCAGUGGAGAGUCUGAGGAUAGCCAGUCUAGGAGAUUCUGUCUAAAAAGAAACGAGAAGUAGUGGCUUCCUCCUAUAAUCCCGAAACUUAGUAGUAGACUGAAGCAGGAAACGUGCUCCGGUGUGGAAGAUGACAGAGACCUGAGCCAUGUCACCCUGUCUGCGUGAAAGGUUAUCUCUUGGCAAGGAGAUGGUAAAGGUCAGGUUGCCAACUGCCUCCCCUCUGCUCAGAAGAUAACCCAGGUCAGCGGGCGGGGCUGGGAGCCAGCCUGUAUAAGUAGGGGAUCCGAGGUGGUGCAGACAGAGCCACCUGAGUCGUAGGCAUCUCAGCUGAUCAUGGGAACGCGCGGACUGCUGCUGCUGGCUUCCUGGGCUCUCCUUCUCGGGGCUCUGGGGCUGCAGGCCCAGGCGAGGCCGGCGCCCUACGGAGUGAAGCUCUGCGGUCGGGAGUUCAUCCGCGCGGUCAUCUUCACCUGCGGGGGCUCACGGUGGCGCCGGGCAGACAUCUUGGCCCAGGACUCUCUGGGAGACUUCUUCCCUGAUGGAGAAGCCAAUACAGACCACCUGGCCAGCGAACUGGACGAAGCGGUGGGCUCCAGCGAGUGGAUGGCCCUGACCAAAUCCCCCCAGGCCUUCUAUGGUGGUCGAUCCAGCUGGCAAGGGUCUCCAGGAGUGGUUCGGGGCAGCAGGGAUGUACUGGCCGGCCUCUCCAGCAGCUGCUGCGAGUGGGGCUGCAGCAAGAGCCAAAUUAGCAGCUUGUGCUAGGAUCCGGGAUGAGCGAUGGGGAAGCGGGCCUCCAACCUGCCGUCAGCCGUGCGAUGUUUACGAGCAUUCCUACUGGCAAGGCAUUGAGGGGUCCCCUGUCUCCUUACAGACCCCCUGCCAAGACGCACACAAUACACUGCGUGUCAACCUUUCCCCACCUGGCUGCGGGCCACUCCCCUAUCCGGCCAAACAGAAACCUGUUUUUCAUGGCUGAGUUCUUCCCCGCCCCAACCUCACCCCCAGCAGCCCCGCAGCAACCAGAUGCCCAACUACCCAAACUGGGCUCCCCCCCACCCCACCGCCCGCCCUCCGUCCUGCCCUAAUUGCCGUCACUGUCCCUAGCCAACCUGCUCCCUGCUCCUCUCCCUUAAGUCCCAAAACCAGAGCACUCUGUCGUAGACCCCAGGACUGAGGGCACCAGGUCCCCAGUACUCAGACUUCCCCACUACACAAAAUAAAGGUUCAGUUCUGAGCAUU